AAUUAUUGAAAGUCAUUUAUUAUUCAGGAUCCGUGCGAUUCUUGUAAUUUUUGGUCGAAGAAAAUAAGUUCGAAAAAGAAAACGCCGGAGGGCUUGUUCAAUCAUGACUACGCCAUCGGCGGAGAUUGUCGAAGAAGAACUGCGGGAAUUGUAUCAUGAACGUCCGGUGUUUGAGAUCGGAGAGUCUGGAAUUCUGCAAAAAACUGAACGAACGACGACGACUUUCAAGGAUCCCCUGAUAGGUUUCGUUGCUGGUACAUUCGGUGGAAUUGCGAGUGUGUACGUCGGCCAGCCCUUGGACACCGUGAAGGUGAAAAUGCAGACGUUCCCUCACCUGCACUCCAGAAUGAUCUCAUGCUUGAAAGACACGUUUCGAAAAGACGGCAUUGCUCGCGGACUCUAUGCUGGAACAUUGCCGGCUGUUGCUGCUAACGUUGCCGAAAACUCAGUCCUCUUCGCUGCCUACGGGACUCUGCAGAAGCUUGCUGUGAACCUCACUGGUGUCCCUUCCGUCAAAGAAUUGCCCAACCUUGCCAGUGCGAUAUGCGGAUCAGCUGCAGCGUUUUUUUGUUCAUUCACUUUGUGUCCCACGGAGCUGAUCAAAUGCAAGUUACAAGCUUUGAGGGAAACUGGCGCAAUGAACUCAUGCAUCGUUAGUGGAAAAUCGAUCCCGUGGACGCCGUUUGCGUUGACAAGGCACAUCAUGAGAACGGGCGGGUUUCGAGGCAUGUUUUGCGGGCUUUCUUCAACCAUGGCCAGAGAAAUGGGUGGAUAUUUCUUCUUCUUCGGAGGCUACGAAUUUACGAGGGGAAUGCUGACACCAGAAGGAAAGAGCAAGGAUGACAUAGGGAUUCUUCGGACGAUCGUUGCUGGUGGAGUCGGAGGAAUGACAUUGUGGACUGUUGUCUUCCCUUUUGACGUAGUCAAAUCCCGAGUACAAAUUCAGAGUUCCAACGAAGGGUUGCUUCAGGUCAUGCGUCACAUUUACAAGACCGAAGGAGGUUCAUAUCUUCUAUUUGAAAUGUUUCCUUGGGCGUUUUGGACGAUGUAG